GGGGUUAACUACAGUUCGUUGCCCUGAGACGAAAGCGAAGAACCGGGGACACCACGUGAUCCGAGAUGCCUGACUCUGAACUCUGCCAAACUUUGGCGCUUGGGGCUUUUCCAAUUUGGGCUUCGCCAAUUCGGUCUAAUCUCGCCAAAACAUAGUUUUUGCCCACACCUCACAUCCCUGAUUCACGCCAACCCUUGCACGCGUUUGAAGGUGUCAGGAUACCGAAAUGUCAUUAUCUUGAGUCUAAAAAGAUGACAUUGUUUCCAACGACAAUGAUGGCCACUUGCUGCAUGUUUUCUGAUUGACAAAGACGACAAACAAUGGGUGCAUCAAGGUCGACAAUACAAAGGAUUUCUUCCCUGAAUUCCUUUGUUGCUGCACAUGAAGUGGACUGCUCGACUACCUUGCCCGCAAUUCGGGAACGUCUUGUAACACAACAUAUUCGCAUUGCAUAUCAUCCCUACAAUGGCUCGACUAUUGGGAGACGCGGACCUCUUCUUAUCCGUAAAAGUCCAAAGUAAAAACAACGUCGAAUCACACCCUAAAGUGAUCGAAGUCCUGCCAGCAACUCCUACGAUGGUCCAUGAUACCAAUCCGAAAUCGGCUUCACAUGUGCCGGCACAACCUCUUCGCCAUAAACGUCGCUUCACAAUAGGUGGUCCUAAGAUUUCGCAUCCAGUCAGCACAGAGGGAAAGCAGAACGAUGUUCCAGAGAAAGGACUCGAAGCAACGCCGGAUCACGUAAAGCCAAAGUCCACAGUAACCAUCUCUCGUUCCCAUUCUCGGCUACAAUCAGGCCAGUCUCGACAUCCAGGGUCGAGGCUACGAGAUGACAGCGCUGUUGGAAGAGAUCCAACUCGGAAGGAGCAAGAACGGCCAAGUGUCCAGCGUUCUAUCACUGUCCCGGCUAGUCGAGAUAUUGCUGUUGACCACAGUGUUUCGAGGGCCAGUUCAAUCCGCUCGAGAUCACCCGAUAAAGCUCAAUAUCCGCCGAGCAGCUGGAAAAGCCCUCCGAACGCCGAAUCCCCAGUUCACACUAUUCAAGAGUCAGUGACUACACAUCAGAAUCCACGCAACGCUGCGAGCCUCUGGCAAGGACCGAAGCUUGGGCAGCCGCGGCACACAGAACCAGCACUCAGAAGUCCGCUAAAGGAGCAGAAACUUGCAGGAAUACUUCUUAGUGAAUCCAAGUCGCGACGACGGUCAUCUUCCGCAAGACCCCAACUCGACGACAGAUCACCAUCCUCCGACCGAACAGCAAACAUUAUUGCUCCUGUACAACCGAUGUAUAUCAAGUCACGUCGCCGAAAUAGCUCGUUCUCUACAUCCACUUACACGAGACGAGACCAACCUGUCAUUGACACCAGCAGAGACACCGGGACACAACCAAUUAACAAACCUGAUCUACCUGAACCUGAAAUUGCGUAUGGCCACACCUAUCAUUACACAACCUGUGAACACACUUCUCCUCCGCUAUCCAGGCCACUUAAUGUGCAACCGACUCUGGUGCAAUAUAGUGAUGAUCUCCUGGCAUACCCACCGUUUCAUCUACGCAGUCUUCUGGAAAGCCCCCAAAAGUCCAUACCCAGCAUAUACAUCAUCGACGGUUCAUGCUGCAAUUGUGAUCUAUCAGAGCGAAGGAAGGCUGAAUCCGCGGUACUGGAAAAGUAUACGACCAGAUUAGACAAUCUGUUCUUACAGUUGAACUUGUUGCAGGAUGAUAUGGAUGCAAAGGCUUCACGUGCACCAGAUUUUUUACGAAGCGAUACGAGUCCGUCAUUGUCAGAUGUAUCUCCGGAGACGAUUCAAUCGAUUAUCCUUAUGGAACACCAACUCGACGAUGUGGUACAACGACGCGACCGCGAGGUGAAGUCGAUCUGGAAAGGAUAUACAGAACGUUGGGGUCCUGCAACAGUGGGCAUCCAUCACGAAAAUGACUCGAUCCGAGAUAGAGGCCGUACUCAUGCCAUCAGUGAGAGAAGCGCGAAUGGUGCUGACCAGUGGACAACUUCUUCGGUGUCGGACGUUGACACUGUUGCUGGGAGGACGUCGACAAUUGCAUCAACUGUGUCAAGUCGCACCACUCACACUUUAUUUUCAGCCGCUGGUCGUCCGAAAUUGAACGCAUCGAGGCAAAGCAGUUUUACCACCUCCGUGAACGGUCCACAGGAACGUUACUCAGACGGUACGCGAUCGGUCAUGGCGACUUCUUCAGUUGACGGCGUGAAGGGCGAUGGCCGUAUGAUGGUCGAAUGGAUCCGACCUGAUCGAGGCAGUGCAAGGAGCAGAAGCCAGAGUCAGAGUCAGAGCCGCAGCAGGUCAACGACGAAUCGGACGUGGCGUUUGGACGAUUCUUGUACAUGAAUGUAAGAUAGCGGGUACUUGAUUGGGGUCUACUAAAAGUAUGGUGUUACCGGCGCGUGAUCUGUUGUCACAAGGAAGACAUGGAAAAGGGAAAAGGGAAAAGUUUUUGCAGGCGUUAUCGAAGGAUGCAAGAAGCAUAUCAGGAUGCAUGUGUGAGGCA